CGCCCACUCGUACAUACGCAUGAGAUUUCGAGAAACUCUUCUUGGUUGAGAAGAAAAAGUUGCCUUGGAGCGAUGAAAAAAGAAGCCAGUGAAGACGAAGAAAAAAUGAAGAAAUCGUUAAGAAAGACUAAGUAGACUUCACAAGAGUUGCGUCCUAAACUGCGUAGAUAAAUCAGUCUAGAAAUAGGCUAGUGAUAGUAAGACAACCGCGUUGAAUUACAUUUUACGGGGAAUAAAUAAUAAAGCUCUUUUUUUUUUCUUCACGAGUCACAAAGUUGGCAUCGAUAGCCAGGUUUACUCAAGGCGGGUGCGGAAGCUUUCCCCCGGCGAAAAACUGAGAUAGGCCUAUGAACUGUUAGAUCUGAACAAUUAGAUGUUGUUUAUAUUUUACUUAGUAUAAGCGACAUAGGAAUGUUGAAGGAGCAGUGAUACGAAACUACUGGGGAUUAGAGGCAACAUUUGUGGGUAGUUUGUUACACUGGGCCAGGCUCAAAACCGUGUAGCCUAGGCUUUUCAAUGUUAUACGAAAACGAUCUAUAGAUUUUGAUUACCAUUCGUUUCUGUAUUUGGGAUAUUGAGCAACAAUGGUAGGUUAUCCAAGUUAAGUAAUUGCAAAAAAUAGCAAAAGCCUAAACGUUCUCAAUCUUGAGUUACCUUGAUAAAGGUAGUUUGUUCAAUCAUUGGCAAAGUGGACUUUACAUCUUUUUCGGUCUAUCCUUUGGGUAGGUUUAAGUUGCACAUUUAGUUCUAUCCGUUUACGCGUUUUAUCAUUCCGUUUUUUAAAGAUAGGCUAGACAACAUUUUAAAGAGUUUUCCGAGCUAAUCAUGUCUGCUGAAGAGGAAAGAUUUAAACUGGUGGUCGUAGGUGGGGGCGGUGUGGGCAAAAGUGCCUUGACCAUACAAUUCAUUCAGUCAUACUUUGUAUCAGAUUAUGACCCCACUAUUGAGGACUCCUACACCAAAAUCUGCACAGUGGAUGGAAAAGAGACGCGAUUAGACAUCUUGGACACAGCAGGUCAAGAGGAGUUUGGAGCAAUGAGGGAGCAGUACAUGCGCUCAGGGGAAGGAUUCCUACUGGUGUUUGCUCUGAAUGACAUGGGCAGUUACAAUGAGAUCCACAAGUUUCACACCCAGAUACUGAGAGUGAAGGACCGGGACGACUUCCCCAUGGUGCUGGUGGGGAACAAGGCUGACCUGGAGCAGUCAAGAGUGAUUUCCAGAGAAGAGGCCCAGGGCUUUGCUAGAGAGAACAGGAUCCAUUACAUGGAAGCCUCUGCUAAGAACCGCUACAAUGUAGAUGAAGCCUUCUUGGAGGUGGUGAGAGCCAUAAGAAAGUUUCAGGAGACUGAGAGUCCUCCUCUCCCAGUGAACCACCCUGGGAAACGGAAGAGUGGAGGCUGCCCCUGCACCAUUCUCUAACCACGCUCCUUUCUCCUGACAUAGUCAUUGUCAUUGUCUUGUCUGGCCUAUGAGGGAACUGGGAGGAGAGGGAAAGGGAGGGUACAGGGAUAGAAAUGCAGGCAACUGUAUGGUGAGGUUUGGGGAUUGGGGCUGUGUGUGCAUGUGUGUAUAUGAGGCUGCUUUCUAAAACAGUGGGCAAUGUCAUUGACAUUUUUUAUAACGGUUUCAUUCGCACUUUUAAACAGCAUCUAGCAACCUUUUUUCCAUUUACUUUUUUUGUAUUUGAAGUUUUGUCAUUUCAUUAUUGAGCAAGGAUGAUAAAGGGACAGGCCUUGAACUAGAAGAUCGUUGGUGAUGAGUUGACCGAUGGACUGAAAACAGAGAAAUGGUCAGGGAGGAGAGAUUUAACCAGAUAUAAUAUUCACGUUCUAAAUUGUACUGUUAGUGUCCUACGUUCUUAAUAUACGUCAGUAGUUGAUGUUGGAAUGAACAGAAUUUCAAAACUAGAGGGUGCUGUCAUUCAUACAACAGAAAGGAAAGGGGAGCACAGACAAAAUUUACAGAUGAAUGACAUUUCUGGAAACAAGGCUGAAUGUGGUGAAAGGGUGUGUGUUUUAAACACUGGUACUUUUUGACAGUGUAGUGUCCAUGACCACAAUGUAACAUAUGUUUGCACAACGUAAGGACUGGUAGGCAAGAGUAGUUUGACACUAAAGUGCUAUUGUUUAUUUUAAAGUGACUUGGGUUUUAUUUGGGGGAGGGGGGGUGAGUAUGGAUUGAUUAUGCGUGUUCAGGUACUUAGGUUUGUGUGCAGGUUUUUAGUCUGUUCUUUGUCAUUUUAAUGCUGUUUGGAUUAUUAUUUUUUUAUAUUAAUCUCGCACCGCAACAAACCACCUAGGAAUAAAAAAAAAUAAAUAUGUAUUCAAUGAUUGUGACAACAAUAGUGAAGAUUAGCUGGAAAGCGAAACCCGGCAUCGUUAAGAUCGACCAAAACAAUUGUGGGUCCAACAAUGACAAAUCAAAUGCAGUGUAUUUAUAGACUCGAUGCUAUAUAAGGAUGUCUGACAUUAAAUAACCUGCUUGUUUAGUGAGGGUAUUUAGCACAGGUCCUGUAAACCUUAACAUUAGUUAGUUUGCCUACAUGUCCAGCAAGAAAUAUUUCAUGCAAGCAGGAGAGUCAUCUAACUUUCUGAAAGAACUCAAAUAUGUAACUGAUUCAGAAUCUAUCAGAACUCUUCAUGAUUCGUUUAUUGGUGAGGUGAUCUCAAAGUUGGCUAACUUGUUUUCUUCGUGAAAUAAAAUCAUGUUGGUAUUUAUUGAUCCCCACAUUUGUUCCCAUUGUU